UAUCAAAUGAUAUGAAAGUAUUGUGUUAUUACGGGAGUUGGUCUACUUUGAUCGCAAUCGGCGGCUGGAAUGAGGGUUCCGUCAAAUAUUCAAAUAUGGCCGCCAAACCCGAGUCGAGGAAAAUUUUUGUGGACAGUGUCGUAGAGUUUAUCGAAAAAUACGGCUUCGAUGGACUGGAUCUCGAUUGGGAGUAUCCGGGAUCGAGAGGAGGUCAACCCCAGGAUAAGCAGAACUUAGUAUUACUUCUUAAAGAACUAAAGGAGGCGUUCACUCCUCGCCGAUAUUUGUUGACUUCUGCCGUCUCUGCGGGAAAAUGGUUUAUAGAGCCCGCGUAUGACAUCCCAGCCGUUGCACAACAAUUUCUAAAGGAGGCGUUCACUCCUCGCCGAUAUUUGUUGACUUCUGCCGUCUCUGCGGGAAAAUGGUUUAUAGAGCCCGCGUAUGACAUCCCAGCCGUUGCACAAUAUUUAGAUUUGAUUAACAUUAUGUGUUACGACUAUCACGGGGGUUGGGAGAACAGGACAGGACAUAACGCUCCACUCUAUGCCCGUCCCGACGAAAUUCUCAACGAUAAGAUAUCAAAUGUGAAUUUCUCGAUAAAUUAUUGGAUCUCUGCGGGCGCCCCAAGAAAUAAGAUAGUACUGGGAAUGGGAACGUACGGGCGAUCAUUCACUUUACAGCGAUCUGAAGACAAUGGGUUGGGAGCGCCGGCACCACAGAAAGGACAGGCGGGACCCUAUACUAGAGAAGCCGGUUCUCUCGGUUACAAUGAAAUUUGCGAAAUGAAACUUAACAAAAAUGGAUGGACAGAAGUUAGGGAUCGGUAUCAUAUGGCACCCUAUGGUUUCAGAGAUAGGCAAUGGGUUGGCUAUGACGACGUCGAGAUUAGGGAUCGGUAUCAUAUGGCACCCUAUGGUUUCAGAGAUAGGCAAUGGGUUGGCUAUGACGACGUCGAGAGUAUUACACUUAAAGCCCAAUAUAUUAAAGCCAUGCAAUUGGCCGGCGGUAUGAUUUGGUCCAUAGAAACCGACGAUUUUAAAGGAAAGUGCGGCGAAAAGUAUCCGCUUUUAAAUGCCAUAAAUAAGGUGUUCAAAAGCGAUUCCGUGGUUAUGCCACUCCCGCCGCCUCCAGAAACUGACGUUAAGCCUGUCAUUCAUUCAACAACAACGACGACCACAACGUCUACGAAACCGUGGGUUUGGGCUCAAUCAUCGACAACUGCAUCGCCUCCGAGCUCUUGGUCCACACCCUCGACAGGCAUG